AUGGGUUGGUUUUGGGCAGAUCCUCAGCCAAAGGUGCCUGCUGCACCGAAUCCCCUCGCAUCACCUGCGGCCUCCCCUCCGGUCAGUUUUCUCUCACUGUUUGAACCCUCGCGGACUAACCGUUAUCAACAGCCGGGAUGUCCGAUGCACGAGUCGCGUCCGGCAGCAUCUGCACCACCUCCGGCGCAAAUUCCUAGCAGUUGCCCAAUGAGCCCAGACUCGCCCUUCUACACGCCGCCGCAAUCGCAAUCCGCACCCACGCCGGCGCAGCCUCCAACAUCCGCCCCGGAGAAGCCGGCGUCGACAUUAUCCAAACUGAACCCCUUGAACUACAUGUUCGCCUCAAUCUCGCAAGAACGCGCACCAAACCAAACAGUCAAUCUCCCCGUUGAGCGCGAGCUGUCCACCAUUCCUCGCGGUGACUCCGAGGGCAACUGGGAGUACCCGUCUCCGCAGCAGAUGUACAAUGCCAUGCUGCGCAAGGGCUACACCGACACUCCGCAGGAUGCAGUCGAGUCCAUGGUUGCAGUACACAAUUUCCUGAAUGAGGGAGCAUGGAAUGAGAUUAUUAGCUGGGAGCGCGUUUUCGCCAAAGGUCUCAAGGAGGGUUGGGAGAAGUGCCGGCGAGGCGAGGAGAAUCUGAGUGCUGAGUUGGCCAAGGCUGAGAUGACGGGCACGGUGGAUAAAGCCUCUGAACCGCGUCUGAUCAAAUUUCAGGGUCGGCCGCGGGAGUUGACGCCCAAGGCGCGCAUUCUGCAGACGAUGGGCUGGGUGUGCCCGGCUAAGUUUGAUACCGAACCACCAUUUGAUCGACACGACUGGUACGUUCAGCGCAUGACGCCCUCGGGCCCGAAGGAAGUUCGCUAUGUGAUCGACUAUUACUCUGGACCCCCUGAGCCAACGGGCGAGCCGGUCUUCUACCUCGAUAUCCGACCGGCCCUUGACUCGCCUACGGCUGCUGUGGAACGGCUGAUGAGGUGGGGAGGUGAUGUCUGGUGGAGGGCCAGCGGUGCUGCGGUCCGGGAACAACGGUGA